UUUUAAUCAUUACUAAUAAUAAUAAUAAAAGAAAAAAGUAAUAAAUGUAUUUUUAAAGUGUUACAAAAAUUGUAAAUUUUUUAAAAUAAUUGUGUUUUUUGACAUGAUAUCCUAAAAAACUAUGCGUGGGUACAUGAUUUCGUCCUAAAUGUGUAACAAUGAAUUGUUUAUGAAUACUAUUUCAGGCGUAACGUAGUGAUGAAAUACUAAAGGCCCUGUUUUUAUAAAACAAAAUGUCGGAUAACAAUUUACCACAUAUUUCAUAUGGACGUGAUCCUCCUGGUAGUAUUGUACGCAUAGAAUCUGAGAUCAGAUCUAAUAUUAGUCGUAUUUCAACUAUAGAAGAGACCUUAAGAAGACUUGGUACAAAUCUAAGGCCAGAAUGGCAGAUUAAUGAAUCAAAUAAUGAGGUGCAUGAUGUUCAAGCUGUAAUAGUUGCACCUAAUGAGGAACCUUCAGCAAUGACAUUAUCUAAGUCUAUGGAGAAUGCACAACAAAGUGAUGUAACUGAUGGUGCAUCUUCACCAAAUCAACCAGAAAUUAAUGCAUCAACAGUAAAUUCAGAGGAUGAUAAAAGAUAUUGUUGGGUGUGUUUUGCCACGGAUGAAGAUGAUGCAACAGCUUCAUGGGUAAAACCAUGUCAUUGUCGUGGUACUACAAAAUGGGUUCAUCAGGGAUGUAUACAAAGAUGGGUUGAUGAAAAACAAAAAGGACGUGCAGGUGCACAUGUAGCAUGUCCACAAUGUAACACAGAAUAUAUUAUUGUAUAUCCAAAUAUGGGGCCGUUAGUUGUAGUACUAGAUACAAUUGAUGGAAUAAUUUUUCGAAUCUGCCCUUUUAUGGCAGCUACCAUAGUUUCUGCAUCUAUAUAUUGGACUGCUGUAACAUAUGGAGCUGUAACUGUUAUGCAAGUAGUUGGUCCUAAAGAUGGCCUAGCUAUAUUGGAACAAGGUGAUCCUUGGGUGUUGUUAGUUGGUUUACCAACUAUUCCAAUACUGUUAGUAUUGGGUAAAAUGCUGAGAUGGGAAGAUCAGGCACUUCUUCUUCUGAGGCGACAUGCAUGUAAAGUUCCUAUUUUAAGGCAUUUUUUACCCAGCAGUGAUGACAGAGCACAAUCUGAAGAAGUUCCACCUAUGAGUGACCCAGUAUCUGCAACACGUAUUCUUUGUGGUGCACUCCUACUACCAAGUAUUGCCAGCAUAUGCGGUAAAAUAUUUUUUGAAAGUAUACACUCCAAUUUUCAAAGGACAUUGCUUGGAGGUAUAGCAUUUAUAACAAUAAAAGGUGCAUUCAAAAUUUAUUAUAAACAACAGCAAUAUGUAAGACAAUGCCAACGUCGGAUACUGGAUUAUACAGAGAAUAAUGUUACACUGUAUAGAAGACAACAGAAUUCUGAGACUCAGACAAGUUAAAUGCAUAUAAACCAUCCUUCGAGAAGAUAUUAUCAAAGGACAGUAUAUCGUUUCAGAUUUAGUGUUAUUAAACUUAUUAGAAUACUUCUAUCAUAAAUACGAAUUUUCAAUAUACCAUCUACUUUUAACAAUAUAAGCGUGGGUACUAUAAUCAGGUUUAAAGGAUACGUAAUUUAUGUGUUUUCCAUAUGUAUAUACAUGGAACAUUGUCAUUAUAUAUAUAAAUUCAAUAAUAAAUUAUGCUCAAUGUGAAACAUUUAAGUAAAAAGCAUUGUACAUCUUAAAUGUACUAACUGAAUAACAAUAAUGUCCAUAAAUCCUUACUUAAAUAGUAAUUAAGUAUUGUGUAAAAAUGAUAUUUCUUUACCAUGCUUUAAAUUUAUCUGUUUCAAAUUUAAUAUAUCUAUAACGGAAGGAUUAUAUUUAUUAUAAUAAAAUUACAAAUUUCUAAUGCUUUGGAAAAUAAGUAGAAGUGUCUUUUGUAGUAAUUAUUCAUAUUUUAACUUCUUGUAAAUUGGAAUAUGAUGUUUAUAAAAAUUUAUUUCUGUCAUUGGUAAGUCUUGGAAUAAAUAUUAAAUGUAUACAGGGUAUCUACAGUUUAAAGGUAAAAACUUCGAUAGUGUGUAAAAGGAACUGGCAAACUAAAAAAAAGUCGUUUGAUUACUUCAUUUUGCAGAAAAUUUCAAAAAUUAAUGUUAGAAUUUAUUCCGGUAAUAUUUUGUAUAUUACAGUUGCGAUGCAGUCUCAGUUGCUCUCUUGAAUUCGACGCGGAGGAAUGGUAUUUUAACCAUUCUGGUCACAAUGCGAGAAACUUUGAAAGAAAAAAUUUAAUCGGUCACAAUUAGUGGCGGUGACAGAAAAUGUUAUAUACAUUGGGAUGCUAUACAGAAAAAAGAUAAAUAAAAACUCAACAUUUAUUAACACAUAAGCAAUGUUUUAAUAAAUAAAUUUACUUAUAGAAAAGAUAAUUUUUUAGAACAAAUUAUUUUUAUUUAAAGACAAAAUCCAUCCUUCUUUGAUUGUCCUGAUAAAAUAUUUCAAUAAUUUUGGGUUAAAAGACAAAAUAAAAAAAUAUUAAUAUUUAGAUGCAAUUAAGAAGUGAUUAAGUGUGAUAUGUAAUAUCUGCAUUGUUGCAAAAAUUAACAUUUUAAAUAAGUGUAAAA